AUGAGUCAGCAUCAAAGCACCUGCAGGGAGCUACCUAAGGUUGCCCGAAGACCCACGGGCCGCGUAGUCAAACGCGGCGUCGAUCAUCUUAGCGCGAACCUUUCCCCAGUUCCUCAGAGACGCUGUCUCCCCGCCAGGGGGAUGGUUCCUCGUCGGGUGAGUCGUCGCCUCGUCGCCGUCACCAUUGCCCUCACGCUCCUCUGUCUCUACCGCUUCCUGGCUUCUGAGACCGAUCCACAGCGGAGCUCGAAGCCGGUCAGUGCCCGCACCCCCGACCCCGACGAUGUCGACGAACCGGCCCCAUUCUGCCCACCACUCCCCGGGAUCGAGGAUCUCCUGGUGGUCAUGAAGACCGGGGUAACAGAGUCGCGCGAGAAAGUGCCGAUCCACUUCUCGACGACACUGCGCUGCAUUCCCCACUACGUGAUCUUCUCCGACAUGGAAGAGGAGAUCGAGGGCGUGCAGAUCCACGAUGCGCUGAAGGGCAUUGACCGCGAGGUCUUGAAGAAUCCGGAUUUCAACAUCUACAACCGCAUCGCAAAGAACGGCCGCGAGGGUCUCGAGCAGCAGGACUUCGCCGACGAGGCCAAUUCGGCUAUUGGCAAGCCCAACAACCCGGGGUGGAAGCUGGACAAGUGGAAGUUCCUGCCAAUGGCUCAACAGGCCCUGCGCUACCGGCCAGAGGCCAAGUGGUUCGUGUUCAUUGAGGCUGAUACCUAUGUUUCGUGGCCGACCUUGUUGGCGUGGCUGGCCCGCUUCGACGCGCGCAAGCCCCUCUACCUGGGCACUGAGACUCAGAUCGCUGAUACGAUCUUCGCCCACGGUGGCUCCGGCUUCAUGCUCUCGCACCCGGCCCUGCAGAGUGCCUCCGAUCAGUACGCUGCGCGUGAGAAAGAGCUCAAUGCCUACACCGACCAGCAUUGGGCCGGCGACUGCGUGCUGGGCAAGGUCUUGGCAGAUGCUGGCAUUAACCUGCAUUACUCAUGGCCGAUUCUGCAGAACUCGAAUCUUGGGGAAUUGGACGAGUUCACCCGCGCCCUCUACCGCGAUCCUUGGUGUUUCCUCUCGGUAGCGCUGCACCACUUGACCCCGAGCGAGAUCGAGAAACUGUGGAAGUUUGAACUAAGCCGGUGGAAUGAUAAAAACAAACGUAUUCUGCUGCACAACGACAUCUUCCGCGAAUACAUCUAUCCCGAAAUCGCCACCCAGCCCAUCCGUUUUGGCUGGGACAAUCUCUCCAAGGACGAACACCCCCUCACCAUCACCUUCGAAGACUGCCGCGAGCUCUGUGAGUCCGAAAAGGCCUGCGUGCAGUUCGCCUUCCGCGACAACCUGUGCGUCACCAGCACCACGCCGCGCCUGGGUAUCCCGCACCCAGGCGGCGCCGUGUCCGGCUGGCUGACGUCUCGUAUUGAGCCUCAGAUGGACAAGAAGGGGUUGUGUCGGAAACCGCAGUGGGGAGAUUGA